AUGGGCGCCCGGCGCCGCUUUGCCGUUCUGUGCGCGAUCCUCCUCGCGGCGGCGCGCGGCGGAGCGUCGGGCGACGCCGCGCGAACCGGCGACGACGCCCUGCCUCGUUCCGACGACGACGACGUUCGGAUUGGCGGCACCGCGGAAUCUUCGUUCGACCGCUCCCCGGCCGUGUUCGCCGUGCGACGCCGCGAGAGCCCGAGCACCCCGACCGCGCUCGCGCACCUCCGCGAGCACGACGCGCAUCGCCGUCGCCGCAUCCUCGAGUCCCCGGCCGAGUCCCCCGGCGCGUCCACGUUCCCGCUGCACGGAUCGGUCAAGGAGCACGGAUACUACUACGCGAACAUCGCGCUCGGCGAUCCGUCGCCGCGAACCUUCCAGGUGAUCGUCGACACCGGCAGCACCCUCACCUACGUGCCGUGCGCCACGUGCGCCAAGUGCGGGACGCACACGGGCGGCACCAGGUUCGACCCGACCGGCAAGUGGCUGACGUGCCAGGAGAAGCAGUGCAAAGCCGCGGGCGGGCCGGGAAUCUGCGCGGGGGGGAGGGGCGCCGCCGCCAACAGGUGCACCUACUCGAGAACGUACGCGGAGGGCAGCGGCGUGAGCGGUGACCUCGUCCGGGACAAGAUGCACUUCGGCGGGGACAUCGCCCCGGCCACGAACGGCACCCUCGACGUCGUCUUCGGGUGCACAAACGCCGAGUCCGGAACGAUCCACGACCAGGAAGCCGACGGCCUCAUCGGACUGGGCAACAACCAGUUCGCGUCCAUACCCAACCAGCUCGCGGACACGCACGGCCUUCCGAGGGUGUUCUCGCUGUGCUUCGGGUCCUUCGAAGGGGGCGGCGCCCUCUCCUUCGGCAGGUUACCGGCCACCCCGCACACGCCGCCGCUCGUGUACACGGACAUGCGAGUCAACGAAGCGCACCCCGCGUAUUACGUGGUGAGCACCGCCGCGAUGAAGAUCGGGGACGUGGCGGUGGCGACCCCGAGUGAUCUCGCCGUCGGAUACGGAACCGUCAUGGACAGCGGCACGACGUUCACGUACGUCCCGACGAAAGUGUUCCACGCCACCGCCGCGGCGCUGGACGCGGCGGUGACGACGAACGCUAAACCCGAGAAGAAGCUCGCCAAGGUUCCCGGGCCCGAUCCGAGCUACCCGGAUGACGUGUGCUUUCAGAGGGAGGGCGCCACGGAGAUUGAACCGAUCGUCACGAUGGCCAACCUGGGCGAGUACUACCCGCCGCUGACGAUCGCGUUCGACGGCGAGGGCGCGUCGCUCGUGUUACCGCCGAGCAACUACCUGUUCGUGCACGGGAAAAAACCCGGGGCGUUUUGCCUCGGCGUCAUGGACAACAAGCAGCAGGGCACGCUCAUAGGGGGAAUAUCCGUGCGCGACGUGCUCGUGGAGUACGAUAAGACGGUCGGUGGCGGGAGGAUCGGUUUCGCGGCGACGGACUGCGACGCGCUGCUGAGGGACCAGCUCGCACGGCUGGCGGGCGGCGACGCGGGGAGAAGCGACCCGGUGGUCAACGAGGCGCCCGCCCCGCCGCCGCCAGGUGAGUCACCGCCAGCUCCCAAAAACGGCUCCUCCGCCGUAACGCCCGAUGCCGAGAAGAACGACGUCGAGGCGCGGGCGCACAACGCGUACGACUACGACGAGGCGGAGGCUGGCGGGUACGUCCUCGCCUUCAUCCUGUGCGUCGCCUGCGCGGGAGCGUGUUACGCCCGGUGCGUGGCGGAUCCCUCAAAGCGCAGGGGCGUGGAGUUGCCGUACCUGGGCGAGGUUCGUUUCUUUCGGUGGGGCGACUCCGGGUACGUGGAGGUGGACGGGGAGGAUGAGGAAAGGGGCGGCGGGGGCGGUGUGUCGGGGGGCGGGAUGGGGAGGAGAGGGGGGGGAGGAGGGGGGGGCGUGCAGCUCACGUCCGUGUCGUCCAGCCUCGAUUGA